AUGGAGAAUGAAGGAAACUCCUCUCAUGAUCCACAGUUGUCGGAGCAAACGCAAGCAUUUGUGAAAGGCCCUGAACAUCUAGAAAAUGUAUACGUAGAUAAGGAAGCAGUGUAUAAGCUGACAGAGGGCUUGCUCUCCCACUACCUACCUGGCUUGCAGAACUCCAAACGUACCCUCCAAGAACUUACACAAAAUCAGCUAAUAUUGUUGGACACGCUGGACCAAGAAGUCACCAAAUUCCAGGAGUGCAACGCCUUACUUGACCUGAAUUCAUUGUUUACAGAAGCCAAAGUUUACCACAACAAACUGGUAAAUAUCAGGAAAGAGAUGAUGUUGCUUCAUGAAAGGACAACAAAACUGAAGAAAAGAGCUUUAAAGCUGCAGCAGCAUAAACAGAAAGAAGCGCUGGAGAGAGAGCAGCAGCGUGAAAAGGAGCUGGAGAGAGAGCGGCAGCUUAUUGCUAAACCUGCUAAAAGAACAUAA